GGGGGGAAGAGGAAAAUACAAGACCUAUCAUGUUCUGGAAGCUGGAAUGCAUAGCUCUGAUCCUGAUGAAAGGAUUACUGCAGCUGGCCAGUUCAUUCAACCUUGAUGUGAAAAACCCUAUGAUUUUCAAUGGCUCACAGGCUGAUAUGUUUGGAUAUACUGUUAAGCAGUUUGAAAAUGAAGAAGGAAAGUGGCUUCUUAUUGGAGCGCCCUGGGAAGGACAGCCUAUUAAUCGAAUGGGUGAUGUUUACAAAUGCCCAACAUUCAACUCCAUCAGACCAGCGUGUGUGAAGCUGAACUUAGCUGAGUCUAUAUCUGUUCCCAAUAUCACUCAAGUGAAGGAGAAUAUGACGCUGGGCACGACACUGGCACCCAAUCCUAAAGGAGGUUUUCUGGCAUGUGGACCACUUUAUUCUUACAAGUGUGGGAGUCUCUAUUACUCAACUGGAGCCUGUGCGAAUGUAAGCUCCAAUUUCCAAGUUGUAAACACCAUAGCGCCUACAGUGAAAGCCUGCAAGUCUCGCCUGGACAUUAUGAUUGUUCUUGAUGGUUCAAACAGCAUAUAUCCUUGGCCCAGUGUGAAUAAGUUUCUGAUAAAACUAUUGGAAAAAAUCAAAAUUGGUCCCCAAGAAACCCAGGUGGGAAUUAUGCAAUAUGGACAUAGCGUCACACAUAUCAUCAGUCUGAAUCAAUACAACACAACAGAAGAUCUCCUGGAGGCUGCCAAAAAGAUCAAACAGUAUGGCGGAAAUCAGACGAAGACAGCUCUUGGGAUCGAAUCCGCUAGGACUGAGGAAUUCACAACGCAGAGGGGGAUGCGAAAAGGAGUUUCUAAAGUCAUGGUGGUGGUAACAGACGGUGAAUCUCAUGACAGUCACAACCUAGAAAGUGUGAUCAACAACUGUAAAAAGGACAACAUUACAAUGUUUGCUAUUGCAGUGCUCGGCAGCUACAACAGAGGGAAUCAGAGUACCGUGAAAUUUCUAAAAGAAAUCGAGUCCAUCGCAAGCUCACCGAAAGACAAACACUUUUUCAAUGUAUCUGAUGAAAAGGCAUUGGUGACUAUAGCAGAAACACUUGGUGAAGAAAUCUUUGCUCUUGAAGCAACUCCUGACAAAGAAGCAACCUCCUUCAAGAUGGAAAUGUCACAGGUUGGAUUCAGUGCACAUUAUACCAAGGACAGCAUCAUGCUUGGAGCAGUUGGAGCUGACGAAUGGAAUGGAACAGUCCUUAUGCUGAACAACAAUGAUGUGGUUAUUCCUGACAGCGAGGAAUUUCUCAAUAAGUCAGACAAACAUAAUGAAUCUUUGGCUGGAUAUUUGGGUUACUCUGUAAGCUCUGUCGCAGUGGCUGGAGUUAUGUGGUAUGUUGCUGGACAGCCUCGAUACAAUCACACUGGACAAGUUGUUAUUUAUACCUCAAAAGGAAAGCGCACAAGCAUUAUACAGACCCUGAAAGGAGAGCAGAUUGGCUCAUACUUUGGAAGCUCCGUGUGUUCUGUUGACAUCAAUCAAGAUUCAAUAACUGAUGUUCUUCUGGUUGGAGCCCCUAUGUAUAUGGGAACAGAUAAAGAAGAGCAAGGAAGAGUUUACGUGUACAUUCUAAAAAAGGAUAAGUUUCAAUACGAGAUGGUCCUUGAGCCAAUUAAGCAGCAAUGCAGUUGCCAGUCUGCAUUUGACCUCAGUACAGACAAGUUCAGUAAGGAGAAAGUCAAAAAGCAGGAAUGCUCUAAUUCGAUCAGGGAACCCUGCGGCUCCAGGUUCGGCAUGGCCAUAGCCUGGGUCUCUGACCUAAACCUUGACGGUUAUAAUGACAUAGUGAUCGGAGCACCACUGGAGAACAACCACCAAGGGGCUGCCUAUGUCUUCCACGGAAAGGGCACAAUCAUAAACAAACAGUACUCACAGUACAUCUCCACGUCAGCGCCAGAGGUUGACCUCAAGUAUUUUGGCCAAUCUAUUGACGGACAGAUGGAUUUGAACAAUGACGGUCUGGUGGAUGUUACUGUGGGAGCGCUGGGUGGUGCUGCCCUCUUCUGGUCCCGUGACAUAGCUCAAGUGACAGUUGAGUUGCGAUUUAGCCCAAACAAGAUUAAUAUCCAGAAUAAGAAUUGUGAGAUAUCUGGCAGGCAGACUGUUUGUGUCACAAUGGAGAUUUGCUUCAGAGUUCGUCUAAAGCCUGACAAGGAGCCAAAACAGUCGAUUGCUCUUGAAUAUAACACAACAAUAGACUCUGCAAGGCGUGUGUCCAGGGGACUAUUUAAUGAAACUCAUGAAAGGAAGAUCCAAAGAAAUGUCACUGUGUUUUCUUCUCACUGUACAAAACAUCUCUUCUACAUGUUGGAAACGCCAGAUUUUCUAAAUCCAGUGGAGAUUCUGGUGGAGUUUGUAAUGGUAGAUCCAGAUAAAGGACCUGUCCUAGAUGCUUCCCUACCAAGCAACGCAAGGGAUCUGGUCUUUUUUAGAAAGAAUUGUGGAGAAGAUGAGAAAUGUAUCAAUGACUUGAUACUUAAGGCUGAGACGGACUUAAUGUUUAACGGCUUAAAUCCUUACAUCGUGCAUCAAGAUCAGAGAAAAUUCAGUCUGGCCAUUACAUUAAAAAAUGAAAAGGAAAAUGCUUAUAACCCAAGGAUAGUGGUGACAUACUCAAAAAACAUCAAUUUCACUGGAGUUGGGCCCAACGGUGAUUGCAAGCUGUCUAGAUCAAACAACGUCACCUGUAGAGUGGGAUAUCCCUUUCUCACCCCAGGAGAUGAGGGUUCCUUUAAGAUGAAGUUUGAAUUUGUUACCUCUCAUCUCCACGGCAAGGUCAAUUUAUACCUGGAGGCAACAAGUGACAGUGAAGAGCGGAGUGAAACCUUGGGCGAUAAUAAAGUUACCAUCUCCAUUCCAGUACAGUAUGAAGCUGGACUGCUGUUUUCAAGGACAAUAAAAGAUGAUCACUUUAAGAUAGCAGCCAAUGACACAAUUUCCAAUGUUAUCAGUAGUAUUCAGGAAAUCGGCGAUGCAGUGGAAAUCAGCUACAUGGUCCACAAUGAUGGUCCUUUCAAAAUCCAGCUUCUUCGAAUGACCUUAACAUUCCCGAAUUUGUCUCCUGCAAACAAUACCCUUCUAUACUUGACGGGCAUAACUCACUCAAAUAAUGUGACGUGUGAAGCUGGACAUUUUGUAGAUCCUCUGAAGAUAAGUCCCACAAACCCUCACAGACCUCUGCCAGUACAGGAGGAUCUCAUCAGGACCAAUGAGCAAUGUGAACAUCCUGCAGGAUGUGCAUCCUUCUUUUGUACUUUGGAUCCCUCAAGUAUGGUCCAGGUUAAUAUUUCAUUUAGACUAUGGAAACCUUCUUUCAUUAAAGCACACUUUUAUUCAAUAGGUUUAAAUGUAACUUCCACGUUAAUGAUUGAAGAUUCACAGUUAAUCGUACUCAACAAAGCAAUGGAAAAAAGCACUGUGACUUUAACUGUGACAAAAGAAUUACGUGGGGGAAUCCCUAUAUGGGUUAUCGUGCUGAGUGUACUUGCUGGCCUGUUACUUCUUGCACUUUUAAUAUUUGGGCUGUGGAAGGCUGGCUUUUUCAAACGCCCUUUAAAAGAAAAGAUGUGAAUGUUCCCAAGAAGCUCUUAGAAACACAGAAGAAUGGAAGGUUGUGCAUGUUGCUAGCCUUUCAUUGGAUCAUUAAAGAAAGCUGUAAAGUUAGAAUGAGAAAGAGAUGAAAAUAAUUUGCAUAGAAUAAAGUACACUGUACAGCACAGAAACAAGCCAUUCAGACCAACUAAUCUGUUGCGGUGUUUAUACUCCAUGCAAGCUUCCACCUCUCCUAAUACCCCCCUAUGCCCCUCUAUUCCCUUCUUUCCCCAUGUCUGCACUCACUUUGCCCUACCUCCCCCAACCCCCCACCCCCCCCAAUCCCAUCAUCAUAAAGCUGCACAGUAGAUUUUAAUACUCCCAGGCAAUCGUUUGCGUAUACUGUACAUGUAAUAUGUGCAGAACAGUUUUAUUGUCAGCUUCUGGUAAAUUACAUUGCCA